CAAAACUGUAAAACCGGGGCUUAACUUUCAAGAUCUACGUUGCAGCGGAGCCCCGGAGUAUGAGGCGGCUUAGGCGUGAGUAGUUCGUUCGGGCUGUUAGCGGCGCAUGCAACUCCAUUGUGUUGCACAUAGGCGGCCUGUCCGGGGCUGGUACGUAGACCGAUCUCAGUAUGUAGACCGAUCCCAUGGUAUUUAACCCCAAUGAACCUGGCUCUCUCUGUCUUUCCCGGGCAGAAAAUCUCAUCCUCGCACUUGCAUCAACAACAGUCCUCACCAUGUCACGCAAGACUCUUCAUCUCAGAGCCGAAGCGGCCCCCUUUGGAACCCGCGCCAUCAUCACCCCUGAAUCUGCAAAACAGCUCAUAUCCGACGGCUACAAUGUGCACAUAGAACGAAGCAGCAUCCGUUUCUUCUCAGAUGACGAGUACGAGGCUGCAGGAGCGACCUUGGUACCGGCAGGCUCGUGGGUAUCAGCCCCGCGAGAUCACCUCAUCCUCGGCAUGAAGGGCAUCCCUAUGGACGACUUUCCCCUCAAGCAUGUCCACGUGCAUGCUGCACACGCAUACCGAAAUCAGGCUGGCUGGGACAAGGUCCUCAACCGCUUCAGACGCGGCGGCGGACUCCUGCUGGAGCUUGAGUUCCUCGUCAACGACAAGGGCGAGAAGCUUCUGACCUUUGGCACCGAAGCCGGCGCCAUGGCGGCCGCGCUAUCCAUCAAGACCUGGGCGCACCAGCUCGUGCACCCCAACGCUGGCCCGCUCCCGGGCAUCUCCGCGUACCCGAGCCGCGCAGCGCUGCUCGAGGAGACGAAGCGAGACCUCGCCGCAGGCCAGGCCGUUGCUGGCCGCCUGCCCACCAUCAUCCUCAUCGGCGCCCACGGCACCUCUGGCGUCGGCUCCGCCUCGUUCUUCGCCGACCUCGGCAUCCCCGCUGCCAACAUGACCAAAUGGGGCCGCAAGGAGACCAGCCGCACCAGCGAGUACCCAGAGGUGCUGCAGCACGACAUCUUCGUCAACUGCAUCAGCAUCUUCGCGCCCGUCCCGCCCUUCCUCACCAUGGCGAGCCUGGAGGCGCCCGACCGCCGCCUGUCGGUCGUCUGCGACAUCAGCACAGACUCGAAGAGCCCCAACAACACCGUCCAGAUCUACCGGGACUUCACCUCCGACAAGCAGCCCACGCUGCAGGUCCCUGUCCCUUGCGGCCCGCCGCUCAGCGUCAUUGCAGUCCCCUACCUGCCCAGUCUGCUACCCCGCGACUCGAGCCAGACGGCAGGCAAGGCUCUCUACCCGGCCAUUACCAAGCUCGACGUCUGGCGCCAGCACAGGCUGUGGCGGGAAUCGGAGCAGAUGUACCACGACAAGGUUGCCACGAUUCCGCAGCAGGAGCCGAUGGCAAUGUUGUAGCUAGAAUAGCGAGUUUGACAAACAAUACUGUGUUCCGUAGACAACGUGACUUUUUGUAUACUAUAGCUGGCUUCCCUGCAAAGACAAUGCCAUUACGGGGCCAGUGGGAAUACUUCGUACUGCACUCAUGAUAUACUAGACAUGUGAUAGUUACGUUAUACUUGUAAUAUAGUCAUG